UUGCCUUUUCAUCCUGCUUCUUUCUAUCUUCCGAUAACUUCUAAGCAUCUACUAUGGCUUCUCUUCUCACCAAUGGAAUCUCACGCUUCUGUCCUCAAUCCAUCACUGAGCAGCCUAAACUCCCAAAAGGGUCUAACUUUUUGCCUAAUCCACCCGCCCCCAGAAUCUCAAAUUCAGGUAAUUUCAAGAUUAAAGCUGCUGAUGCCAAGGCAACUGUUGAAGUUCCAGGUAAAGAAUCAUCUUUAUCAAUCUCAAAUGAAAACGACCCACUUCAGAAAUUCUUGAAAAGAGACUAUAAAUGGGGUUUCAAUGAAAAUAUUGAAUCUUUUGCGCUGCCAAAAGGGCUUUCGGAGGAAACUAUAAGGUUGAUUUCAUCAAGAAAGAAUGAGCCUGAAUGGAUGCUUGAGUAUAGAUUGAAAUCGUAUGAGAAAUUUGUUAAAAUGAAAGAGCCUAAAUGGUCUGAUAAUCAGUACCCAGAAAUUGAUUUUCAGAAUAUUUGUUAUUAUUCAGAACCUAAAAAGAAACCAACUUUAGAUAGUCUUGAUGAGGCUGACCCUGAGCUUGUUAGGUAUUUUGAUAAAUUGGGUAUUCCUUUGAAUGAAAGAAAUCGUUUAGCAAAUGUUGCAGUUGAUGCUGUUCUUGAUAGUGUUUCUAUUGCCACAACUCAUAGGAAGACUUUAGAGAAGUCUGGUGUGAUUUUUUGUUCGAUUUCUGAGGCUAUUAGGGAGUAUCCAGAUUUAGUCAGGAAGUAUUUGUUUAGAGUUGUGCCCCCAGAAGACAAUUUUUACGCGGCUCUUAAUUCAGCUGUGUUUAGUGAUGGAUCAUUUGUGUAUAUACCCAAGAACACCAAGUGUCCUAUGCAAAUAUCUACUUAUUUUAGAAUAAAUGCAAUGGAAACUGGACAAUUCGAGAGGACUUUGAUUGUUGCGGAUGAAGGAAGUUUUGUUGAGUAUUUAGAAGGGUGUACAGCACCUUCAUAUGAUACAAAUCAGUUGCAUGCUGCUGUGGUGGAAUUGUAUUGCCAUGAAGGUGCAGAGAUUAAGUACUCAACCGUGCAGAAUUGGUACGCUGGAGAUGAGGAAGGGAGAGGAGGGAUUUAUAAUUUCGUUACAAAGAGAGGAAUUUGUGCUGGGGCUAGAUCGAAGAUAUCAUGGACACAAGUUGAGACUGGCUCAGCUAUUACCUGGAAGUAUCCAAGUGUAGUGUUAGAAGGUGAUGAAUCGGUUGGUGAAUUCUAUUCUGUGGCAUUGACCAACAACUAUCAGCAGGCAGAUACAGGAACGAAGAUGAUACACAAAGGGAAGAAUACGAGGAGUAGGAUUAUUUCAAAGGGUAUUUCUGCAGGAAAUUCUAGAAACUGUUACAGAGGACUAGUUCAGGUCUUAUCAAGUGCAGAGAAUGCUCGGAAUUCCUCCCAGUGUGAUUCAAUGCUCAUCGGUGAUAAAGCUGCAGCCAACACUUAUCCAUAUAUUCAGUACAGGAGCAAUGUUUUUAGUCUACCACCCCUAUCCAUGAUCUCCCUUAUUCCAAUUGCAGAAAAGGAAAAGGAAAAAAGAAGGAAGGAUUCCACCUUGAAUUAGAAUCAUUCGACAAGAGCUUAGAAGAAAAGGUUCAACAAAUGUACACAUUGUUGUUAGUUACGUCUAAAAACAAGUCAAUUAGGUGCAUGCUGGGACCUUCAGCUUGGAAAUAUUUGAGCUGUCCGGCAGGUCAAUAAAUAGUCUCUCUUUCAUUGGUGUCUGAGAAUGUUCUCAUGUAGACCAUAAAACUAGUGGUUUGUAUGUUACUCAUGGUGAAUCAAAAAUGAAAAAAAAGGGGAGGGGGGAAGGGUACUGCUUACUUUCAUUUGAAGUUCAUUGUCAUGAGAAGAGGUGUUAUUUUAACUUUUAAUAUGUUCAUGGAUCUCUUGUUGGAUAAAAGCAUCAACUGUUGUAUCCCCGUGCUUGACAGUGUGGAUGUGGGUUGAUUUUUCUGGAGCUGAAUUAAGCCUCCGAUACCGAAGAUUAGUGUGCACUUGUGCAUGGAGAAGGUGCAAAUAGUAAUUUUUAUGGAUGUGUUGUAUGUUUUAAACAAGCAGCAAACUGCAUGUCUGUCUGUUUGAUAAACUUAUCGCUAUGCUUGGUCCAGAACUCCAGAUGAAGUACGUUUACUAAUGAAUAUAGUUUAAUACAGUGACCUUUGAUAAUUAUCUUAAAUUUUGUUAACUCGAGGAAACUUAACCUUCAUUAAAUUUGGCAUGUGAUGGUUUUCUUGUAAAACAUACCGCAGGAAACACUCUCCCAUCCAUGUGAAUUUUCAGAGAAACUAGUGCAAACUAAUUUAAAAGCAGUCUAUAGUCUCUAAUAUUCUUGAUUGGAUUUACCCGAUGCAUCCUUCUAUAUUUUAGGAUCUCUCAGAAAGCUUCUGUAGUAUCUAUAUAUAUAUAGAAAUAGAUUAGUGCAUAGGGGUCAAAAGAAGACAACAUUUGUUACUUUUGGUGUGGCUUUUAAGUUCUAAGUCACAUGCUACAUGAAUUUUGUAGUUAUCCUGGUAACUGCUGCUUGUGUAUAUACAACUCUUGUUCUACUUGGAACUCGGAAUCUAAUGUAACUGCGUAUUUGCUCUUCUGUUUCUAUA